AUGGCAAAACAUGGCGCAGAAGUGGUGAUUGUACCGCGUAACUUUAAGUUGCUGGAAGAGCUGGAGAACAGUGAAAAAGGGCUUGGGGACAUGAGCAUCUCGUACGGAUUAGAGCAGGCAGACGAUAUUUUUCUUACAAACUGGAUUGGCACGAUCCUCGGUCCUCCGAACACGUGCCACGAUGGACGCAUUUACAGUCUGCGGAUCCACUGCAGUGACCAGUACCCGCAUAUGCCACCGGAAGUGCAUUUCACGAGCCGCAUUCACAUGAACUGUGUGGAUCCCCACUCUGGCCGCGUCGAUCCUCGACGACUGGCGGUGUUGGGCAACUGGCACCGGAGCAAUGGCAUUGAGAACGUGCUUGUGGCUAUCCGUGCUGAAAUGGGUUCUACUGCCAACCGACGCCUGCCACAGCCGCCCGAAGGUGCCAACUUUUGA